GCUGGGUAGAGGGACAGUUGCUAUGACUACAUGCAGCUUAACUCUGCAGCCACAGGAAUGCCCUGAGGAAGGACGUGCCAGCAUCUACCCCUCUGUCAUCAUCAAUGCCUCCAAGGAGAUUAUGUGCUUCAGUGACUUCCCCAUCCCCGAGGACUUCCCUAACUUCAUGCACAACUCCAAGAUCAUGGAGUACUUCCGCAUGUAUGCCCAGCACUUCGACCUGCUCCGCCACAUUCGCUUCAAGACCAGCGUGUGCCGUGUGUCCAAGCGCCCCGACUUUGCCACCACGGGCCAGUGGGAUGUGGUGACUGAGAGCGAGGGGAAGCAGGAGGCAUCUGUCUUCGAUGCUGUGCUGGUGUGCACCGGGCACCACACCGAGGCACACCUCCCGCUCAGCACCUUCCCAGGACUGGAAAAGUUCAAGGGCUGGUACCUGCACAGCCGGGACUACAAGAACCCACAGCCUUUUUCAGAGAAGCGGGUGGUGGUGGUUGGCAUCGGGAAUUCUGGGGUUGACAUCACCGUGGAGCUAAGCCACAGAGCUGAGCAGGUCUUCCUCAGCACCAGGCGUGGGGCCUGGGUAGCACACCGAGUGGCAGAUGAUGGGUACCCUUACGAUGUCAUCUACUUCAGACGCUGCUACAAGAUCCUCCACAGCUUGUUGCCUCUAAAUGCUCUAAAUGUUUACGCGGAGAGGAAGCUAAAUGCCCGCUUCAACCACGCACUCUAUGGCCUGAAGCCCAAGCACGGGUUUUUUGACCAGCACCCAACUGUCAAUGACGACCUGCCCAACCGCAUCCUUUCAGGCAGGGUGCAGGUGAAGCCAAACAUCAAGGAGUUCACGGAGACAUCUGUCAUCUUUGAAGAUGGCACCAGGGAAGAGAUUGAUGCUGUGGUCUUUGCCACAGGAUACAGCUUCUCCUUCCCCUUUCUUGAGGGCUGUGUGAAGGUGGUGGAGAACCAGAUCUCCCUCUACAAACUUGUGUUCCCCCCUGACCUGGAGCAGCCAACAUUAGCUUUCAUCGGUCUCAUCCAGCCUCUGGGUCCCAUCAUGCCCAUCUCUGAGCUCCAGUGUCGCUGGGCUACCCGUGUCUUCAAAGGGCUGCACAAGCUGCCACCACUUGCUGACAUGCUGGCUGAUAUCACACAAACCAAGGAGACAAUGGCCAAGAGGUACGUGAAGAGCCAGCGGCACACCAUCCAGGUGGAUUACAUCCCCUACAUGGAUGAGCUCGCCUGCCAGGUGGGGGUCAAGCCCAACCUGCUCAUCCUCUUCCUCACUGACCCCAAGCUGGCACUGGAGGUGGCCUUUGGGCCCUGCACACCCUACCAGUACCGCCUGCAGGGCCCAGGCAAGUGGGCAGGUGCCAGGGAGGCCAUCCUCACCCAGUGGCAGCGUGUCAUCAAGCCCCUACAAUCCAGAGCUGGGCAUGAUCCUGCCUCCUCCAGAUCCAUGCCCCACAUCUUCAAGAUCUUCAGCAUUGGUUUGAUUUUGGCCACUCUCGUCUAUGUCUCAGUCUCUCCUUUUAACCUAAAGCAGAGGAGACAGUAGAACCACCUUGCAAUCUCCUUUCUUUCCUCUGGGCGUGGAUGUUUCUGUACUAUCUUCCUAGGUCUGCUACCUUGUCAGCAUGCACAGAGGGAGUCAGUUCCACCUUCCUGCCGUGCCCUGGCCGCACCAGGUCUUGCUAGGGGCUGC